AUGAGUCCUCAGGCGGCGCCUAUGCCGAGUAUUCAGGGUGAGGCCAUGGAGCUCUUCACCCGUGUACCGCCGUUGCCGAUCAACUCGAGUCGCGGCGGAGGGAGUCGCGGGAGCCCCGGCGGUAGUCACGAAGGUCCAGCGGCUACGGUUGCCUUCUCGACAAGGGUUUCAGGCAGGAGGCCUACAACAUCCGGUACCGACCGGGGCAUCAGCGGCGGGCUCAUGAUCUCGCAGUCCGGGGGAGGGGUAGCCGGGCCCAACCCCGACAUUACAAAUGACAACGCGAGCGUGGUGGAAAGGCCACUGAUAGUAAGGCCCGGGUCUCGGGGAGAAGACGGCGACGAUCGUCGCAAUGGUGGCGCACAGGAACAGGGGUUUGCUUCUGCGCGCUGGCUGUCGAAAUGCUGCUCCGCCACGCGCGUUCAGCAGAAAAAUCAAGACAUCAACGAAACAAUGUCCAAGCUGCUCGGGGGGUAUCUUAGAGAGCACCUUCUCGACAACAUCACCUGCAACGAACCGGCCAAGGAGCUUGUCAAGCGCUCAUUCAGGCACCUCCACCGCGGUCAAGGUCACUUGCUCACCUUCGAUGAAUUCAAAGAGGGACUUUCCAACACCUUCGGAGCGCUUAUCCCGCUGCAGCUAAUCCAGGCGACGUUCGACAUCUUCGACACGGAGCCACGGACGUGGCAGCUAGACUUCGACGAGUUCUGCCACUGGCUCGACACCGGGGAGCGGGUCCUCAACAGCCACGGGGUCAUGAAAAAACCGGUCAAGACGGACUCCGCUCCUCCUGCAGAGGGAGCGCCGCCGAAAGCGCGUAAGCCGCGUUCGAACGACACUUCAGGCGAGUUCAACUCCAGCAUCAAAGACUGCAACGGCGUGAGCAUGAGCAUGGAACAGGCCGACCGCGCACAGCUCAAGGUGGAGUAUGAGAGGAAAAUGCAUCAUCGCCCGAGCAUGUUACUUGUUGUGUUUGCACUACCCCACCUUCCAGGCCGAUCGUCGAUUACCGUACACGUGGUCUUGGCACGGAUCGGCUGCAUGGCACAGGCCGGGGUCUUGGCACAGGGGGGGGGGGGG